CAAGUUGCACAGCUGAUUGAUAUGACAAAAUGGUUGGCUGGCCUCGGUGGGGUGUUGGAAAAGUUUGUCAUCAAAAACCUUGACUGGAAAAAUGGAUGGCCCAACUACACAGAUAAUGGCCACAGAAAAUCAUGACGCCGUUAGAGACAUCAAAUGUGAGCUUGACAACGAACUGGAGCAAAAAGAAGUUGGGUCGCAAUAUGUCAUCGGAGGCAGCGGUGGAUCUAGUGCCAGAUAUUCAGAAGCUAACGGGGAUACGUCAAAUGACAGUUGUGCCAGAAUAUCUAACAGUGUCCAUGGUAAUAAUCAUGGUAGUGACGGUAUCUCACACAGUCAUCCAGAUAGUUCAAACUCUUUUGGUGAUACGUUAAACACAAGUGGCCUUGACAGUACUACUCUCAAGUUAAAGGAAAUCAUAGAAGACACAAUCAGUUCUAGCUCAAAACAGACUGUGAUGAAAAUUUUGGACCAAGUUAACCAACUUUCUACUGCUGAAAAGCUUUUUCUAUACCUUAAACUGCCUACGGGGAAGAAUGAAAAUGUGGACCCAUUAAGACAACCUUUAAAUCCUCUUGGGAGCCGUUUUGAAAUCCAUCAGACAAUAACAUGGAUUAAAACUCAUUUAGAAGAGGAUCAAGAUGUUUCCUUACCAAAGCAAGAUGUCUAUGAUGAGUACAUUGCUUACUGCAACAGUAAUAUGAUGAAACCUCUCUCUACUGCUGAUUUUGGAAAAGUUAUGAAACAAGUAUUUCCUCAUGUACGACCACGGCGACUGGGAACAAGAGGCAAUUCACGGUACUGUUAUGCCGGUAUGCGGAAAAGGGUUAAAUUGGAGACACCACUUCUGCCUGAUGUUGGGGAACCAAAGAAGACUCCAGUCCAUUGCUCUGAGGGUGAAGUUAUGUCAGCUGCAUCAUGCUUAAUUCGUGAGUGGGCCGAAAAACUUCUUGGCGUCCGUUUUGAUAAUCUGCGAGAUCUUGCCUGUCACUUGGUGGAAAAGAUGUGUGUGGACUCGCGAUCUGUAGCUGCUUUCACUCUUCUUUCAACAUCUGGUCAUCUGCAAAAGCGUGACAACAAAGAGACAACACCACCACUGGGGCUGGCAGUACAGUACACCAGCAAACACAAAGAAGCUCAGCUGCAGCUACAAAGAAAGCUUCAGGAGCGGGAGGUCAUCCGAGAACAGAAAAGGAAACUACAGGAUCAUCAGCAGACAACAGCUAUCCUGAAGAACCUCUCAUCUGAAAGACUGAAGUCGAAAAGAGCUAAAAUAUCUCAGCACAACAGCAUGAACAAUCUGCAUAGUUCGAAAGGCCUUGUGCACAUUAAGGAUUUAAAUACUACACUUACGAAUACAUAUACUCAGGGAAAGCGUUCACCACCGAUGGCAAUAGAAACACCUAUUUCGUCGGAAGUUGUUCAUUCUGUCUGUGAUAAAACUCUUACUUCCGUGCCUAGCUCACUUGGUAAUUGUACAUCAUCUUCCAUGGUGUUCAAAAGUGACACAACAGAUAACAGUAGGGGUCUCUCCAAUGAAGUCAACUCUACCAGUGCUUUUCUUAAUCUGAAGGAAGACUCCACUAAUGCUGGAAACUGUGUGCCAAGUGAAAAGGUGCAUUUGUUGAGUGUAAUAAGCAGAAAAAGUGAUAUUGAAGGUAUGAGUGAUAGUACUGUUCCAGUUAAGGACACAGUAAUGUAUGAGAGCGAGAAUGCUGCUGCUGUAGCUGGUAAGUCUGACCAGACAAACUAUAAUGUGAACUUUCAAACUAGAGCCAGAAGUGUUGACUUCAGUAUUGCCAACUCUUCAGAUGAUGCAUUGUCUACAGCAGAAGGUAUGGCAGUUAAGCCUGUGAGUGAGUGUGGCUUAGACAUAAAUAUGCAGCUUAACUUAGGAACUCCUCUUGACAGUACUAAUAAACAUAAUGUAAAUAAUCUAAAUAACUUGAGUACAAAUAAAUGUUUAUCUGCCUUCUCUCCUGUCCAGGACUUAACUCCUGGAACGAUUAUUAAUGAUGUCAAAACUAAAACUUCUGAAAUAGUUUGUCAUGAUGCUUCUCAGCAGGAUACAUCCAGUAGCAAAAUGCAAAAGCUUCCAAUUCCUAGGAUAAAUAACAUGAAGGUUAAAAAGGCAACUAAUCUGAUAAUAUUUCCCUCAUCAGUGUCUUCAUAUCGGCAGACAGCAAAAAGGUAUAAACACAUACAACCAAAACCAGAAAUAGGAGGCACUGGCAAAUUGAAAUCGGAAAUUGAAUCUAGUCAAGAAGACAAUCAAGAAUUCAUAAAUUCUGGUGUCAGCUUAGGUGUGAUUUCUGGUGAAAGGGCCAAGUUCGACUGCAGUUCAUUGAAAAACUCUCAUUUUACAACAAUAAAAAAUGUCCCAGCUGCCUCAGAAAGCAAUAAAAGUGACACAUCAGAGAAUGUAAAUGUGCGUGAAGUAAGUAUAGAACAUCUAGAGAAAGAUGCAUUCAGAGAAUAUUAUCAUGAUGGAAAUAAUUCACAAGAGCAGGAGGAAGAACUAAUGAAGUAUUUCCAAAACCAAGACAGCUCACCUGCCAAUGAAGAAGCCACAACACAUGCUCCUAUUCGAAGGCAUUCAUCUGCAGAAGUUCAGAGCAAUACGUUGUUUUCUGAAUCAGCUGGAAGUAAAUCGGAUAAACUUUCACAGCUACGGCUGCUCCUAGAGCGUAAUCUAAAUCCUGCAACUUCCUGUAGUAGGUCAAAGUUCUUAAAAUCAGAAGAUCAAGUGCAGAUAUCUGAUAGUGUGUCAGAUUCCUCUGUAAUGCAGCCAUCAUGCCUGUCAGCAGAUAGUAUAGCAAGCAGCAGGAACACUUGUGAUGAAGAAUUUUUUAUGAGGAAAUCUGCAUUCCCUUUUGGAGGCAGUUCUUCAGCAUCAGAAAGUCUUGUACUUUUAUCACAACGAAGCCAACAGUUAAAUAGUCCUAAGAAGCCUUCUGCCCUUUUGCCUUCUCUUCUGAAUAACUGCGUGUCUGGUCUCAGUGCUAGAAGGAGAGUCAGUUUUGAAACACCAGCAGUGGAAGACAGUCAUGAAAGCACGCGCCAUAUUGCUGUACCUCCUAGUCCCAAUACAAGGCGACGUAUUUUUAGUUUCACACCAAUAUCUCCUGGUCCCCAUUCCCCAAACAACACACAACAGAAGUCAUCAAAGCCAUCCAGUGCAAAUGCUAGCCCAUUUGUGUCCCCACGAAACACCCCUAUUCCACGUUCAAGGCAAAACAUUAGCCAUGUAAGUGCACAGUUGUGUUUGAACAGUAAUAUUCUGAACAUGUCAAAUCAAAAUAAUCUCUAUGCAUCAUCAUCUAGUCAUCCUAAGCAAUCGGCAAACGCUGCAAGAAUAGUGCGUUCGAAUUCUGUUAAUAGCAGUUCUCCUUCAACCCAAGUUCAUUACCCAGCUCCAAGACCACGAGCCCUUUCCACAACUACUUCUUUCCUUCAUGCAACUGUUCAGUGUGAUGCACCUGCAACAGGAGAUAAGCACAGUGAAACCAAUAGCCAUUUCAAUGCUGGCAGCAGUGCUGGGACCAGUGAAAAUGAAAGGAUAACUCUGAAUUGUAGUAACAAUAUCACUAGUAUUAGCUGUAGCAGUAGUAAUAGUAGUAGUGGUAAUAAUAAUAAUAAUAGUAAUAAUAAUAAUAAUAAUAAUAAUAAUAAUAGUGAACUUGAUAGUAGUGGAAUACGUAGUGGUGAAGAUCUUGAACUGAAUAACUUCUGUGAUACACAAAUGAAGACUUGUAAUGACCCUGCUGCAUUAUUUGCUAUGCCAGGGGAAGCAUUGCAGAAAGAGGCACAUUCAAAUGUUGUACUUCCUUUGUCUCCUGUUUCAGUUUCUGCUCCCCAUUCACCGAUGUUGAACAUUCCAGCUGCAAAACGUGUAGAAUGUGGUGUCAGGAACACAGUAAGCACCAUAGAUAUUGGUACAAAUUCUGUGAGGAAAAAUAAAGAUAUUCUAGACUUUGAACCCAGUAACACUCUAAAAUGUGAGAAGACACGGAGUGUAAGACCUAGUAGGAGGUCUGAUGUUAGAUCUUUUAGCACUAUUAGUGGUGAAGGGCCUUCUGGAACACCUCUGUUGACAAAUGGCAAUGUGGUUGAUCCACUGGCACAUGAAGUCAGUCAGUUCUUUUCAGAUGAGCAGCAUUUUGUUCGGAUGCUAGGAAAUUCUCAAGUUCAGUCCAGGUCACAGUCUGUACCUCUGCAUUGCCCAAAUUCUGACAAUACUGCCAUUUCUUCAAUAUCAGCACAGCCUUCACCAUUGUAUCUAGGACAGCACAAUACAUUCUCCUUUAGUAAUUUUGGAUCAUCAGCUACAAGUUCCGUCACUCCCACACCUGUCCCAAGUGAGUUUACUGAUUUUGCUGUUACAGAAAGUUCAGCACAGUCUUCAAGCCUUUUAAUAGUUGAUGAUGAGCACAAUUCUGAUACCGUUACAGGAGAUUUGAACAGUGAAAAUUUGAACCGCAUCUUCAAUAUGUUGGAUGAUGCUCAAAAUGAUCAUGAAAAUAGACAUUCAGCAAUGGGAAUAUCCAUCAGUAAUGAAAUAAGUGAAUGCGAUCUAGAAUCAGCUUGUCAGAGAGCUCUGCAAAAACCAUCACGUUCUUACCCCAAUACACCUGUACCUUACAAAACUGCAGGAAUAAGGGACCCUGUUGUGACAUCUUUCAGUACGACUGCCAGUGCUUUUGAAUCGCACUCAAACUUAACUUCGAGGUCAUACCCGUCAACUCCACUGAUAGGUAUGCCAGUCUUUGGUACUUCAGAUGAUGCACGUCUCCAAAAUGUAAACAGUGGUGAAGAUUCUGUCAAUCAGUUUACAUUAAGCUUGUGUCAAGAACAAAGCACAGCAACUUGUUUUGCAGAAAGAAGGAAUAUGAGUCCUUUGUUAGACCAGAGCACAUUUACUGUAGGAAAUGAUUUGGAGUUGGAUACCCUGGAGGUUUUAGCAGACUGUGACUCAAUUACACAACUUGUUCAGGAUGUAAGCAAUGUUAAUGCAUCGUCAUCAUCAUCAUGUGAUAUAUAAAGACAAUUUUG